AUGAACAUGAGAGCUCACAGGUUACAAACACAGUCGAAGAGUCAAAAUACCGUGAAAUUUGAGAUAGCAACACUCGAAAUCGGAUUCCCACCAUUUAUGGAAAAAUACACAAGCCGUGUUAUUUACAUCAAACCAUCAGUUGUUCAUUCAGUUGUCAUCGAAAACGACAAUCUCUUCAAGACUCUCGAUACCACAUUUAGAUUUGGAAAAGGAAAUCCAUCUGUGGAACGCUCUUGUACUCUACACUACGAUCUCGUUUUCGAAUUUGAAUCAGCGUUCCAUUCUCGAAUCGCACACCUUUUCUUCGACAAAGUCGUUAAAACAAUGGUGUCAGCGUUUUUACAUCGCGCUGAGAAAUUGUACGGAGCCCCUGAAUUUCCACACACACCUCCACAAGUAUUACAAUAUAAAUCAUGA